AUGGCUGCGGAGUCCAACUACGACUACCUCUUCAAGGUGGUGCUUAUCGGUGACAGUGGCACCGGUAAAUCCAACCUUCUCUCGCGUUUCACCCGCAACGAGUUCAGCCUCGAGUCCAAGUCGACCAUCGGUGUCGAGUUCGCGACCCGAAGCAUCUCGGUCGACGGCAAGACGGUCAAGGCGCAGAUUUGGGACACGGCAGGACAGGAGCGAUACCGUGCCAUCACCUCUGCAUACUAUCGAGGCGCCGUCGGUGCCUUGCUGGUCUAUGACAUUGCUAAGCACCCUACCUACGUCAACGUGUCGAGGUGGCUCAAGGAGCUGCGCGACCACGCGGACAGCAACAUUGUCAUCAUGCUCGUCGGCAACAAGAGCGAUUUGCGACAUCUCCGCGCUGUGCCCACCGAGGAGGCCAAGGCCUUUGCUGCCGAGAACAACCUCUCGUUCAUCGAGACUUCGGCGCUCGACGCUUCCAACGUAGAACAAGCUUUCCAGAACAUCCUCACAGAAAUCUACCGCAUCGUAUCCAACAAGGCACUGCAGUCGUCGGACGACGUCAUCAAGCCCUCGGGCGGAGAGACGAUCACAGUUCAGCCCAGCGCCGACGACGGUGGACAAACCAAGAAGAACGGAUGCUGCUGA